UACAAAGUUUUCCGUAGAUUUUUCUCCUUCGUACCCUGGCUACAUAACUCCUCUUUCUGUCUCUCCAGUUACUCAUGUUUCUGGUCUCAUAUCUUUGCUAAUCUUCUCCCUGUCCUUUUGGGAGCAUUUUUAUCUCAACACUGCUCUUUCUACCACCUGAUCUUAUUUUACUUUUCCUUAAAACCUGGUUCAUAUUGCUCUUUCCUGGAGCAACUAGAGAGAACUUAUUCUCUCCAUUAUUCUUUCUGACAUUUACUCCUAUCAUCUUUUUCUGCUUAAUUCCAAGUUGUCCUUCUACCUCUGACCAACAUCAAUGUGCAGAAACUUGGAGGAGAAGGGCAAACUUCCAUUUGAGCAUGGUCUAGGCUCUAGGCCAGAAUCCAGACAUCUGGGUUUGCUUUAGGGUUUGGUCGUAAAUAAUGAGUGGGUUUGAGCAAGUUUUUAUCUGGUUUGGGCCAUCAUCUUCUCAUCUAUAAAAAGAGGGGUGUUAACUGGAUAAUCACUCCAGCCCUUCCACCUGAUUGUUUCUGGUUCUGUUUUGUUAAUUUUAUAGAGUGAAGAGUGGUUUUACAGAAGGAAGAGGACAAUACUGGAAUCAUCUUUGAUGUUCCCAUUUAUAAAUAAUAUCUUCCACCAAGAUAUAGAAAGGCGGAAAGCUUUUAUUCAGAACUAUGGAUUUCAUUAAGGAAAACAGUCGAGUCCUCAUUCAAAGGAUGGAUAUGACUGUUAUAAAGCAAAUUGUGGAUGACCUAUUUGUAUGGAAUGUUCUGAAUUGUGAAGAAAUCGGUGUCAUUUGCCGUGAGAAGGUGGAGCAGGAUGCAGCACGUGGGAUCAUUCAUAUGAUUUUAAAGAAGGGCUCAGAGUCCUGUGACCUCUUUCUCAAAUCCCUGGAGAAGUGGAAUUAUGCUCUAUUUCAGGACUUGCGUGGAAAAAGUCUUUUCCAACAGAUACCAGAAGGAGACUUAGAUGAUCUGGCUCAGGAUUUAAAGAUCUUAUAUCAAACUCCAUCCUUUCUGAACUUCUAUCCCCUGGGGGAAGAUUUUGACAUAAUUUUUAAUUUGAAAAGCAUCUUCACAGAACCUGUUCUGUGGAGGAAGGACCAUCACCAUCGCCGUGUGGAGCAGCUGACCCUGAAUGGUCUGCUGGAGACCCUUCAGAACCCCUGCGUCAUUGAAGGGGAAUCUGGCAAAGGCAAGACCACUUUGCUCCAGAGAAUCGCCAUGCUCUGGGCCUCUGGGAAGUGCACGACUUUGACCAAGUUCAAAUUUGUCUUCUUUCUCCGUCUGAGCAGAGCCCAGGGUGGACUCUUUGAAACCCUGUGUGAUCAGCUGCUGAAUGUACCUGACACAAUCAGGAAGUGGACCUUCAUGGCCAUGCUGCUGAAGCUACGGCAGGGGGUUCUCUUUCUCCUUGAUGGCUACAAUGAAUUCAAGCCCCAGAACUGUCCAGAAAUUGAAGCUCUGAUAAAGGAAAACCACCACUUCAAGAACAUGGUCAUUGUCACCACCACUACUGAGUGUCUGAGUCACAUAAGGCAGUUUGGUGCCCAGAUCGUUGAGGUGGGGGAUAUGACAGAGCACAGUGCCCAGGUGCUCAUCCGAGAAGUGCUGAUUAAGGAGCUUGCUGAAGGCCUGCUGCUCCAAAUUCAGAAAUCCAAGUCCUUGAGUAACCUGAUGAAGACUCCUCUCUUCGUGAUCAUCACUUGUAUUAUCCAGAUGGGCGAAGAUGAGUUCCACGCUCAUACACAAACCACACUCUUCCGUACCUUCUACGAUCUGCUGAUACAGAAAAACAAGCAUAAACACAGAGGUGCGACUGGUGCUGACUUCUCUCAGAGCCUAGACCACUGUGGAGACCUGGCCCUGGAGGGUGUGUUCUCCCACAGGUUUGACUUUGAGCUGGAGGACGUGUCCAGUGAGAAUGAGGACGUCCUGGUGACAACCGGACUCCUCUGUAAAUACACAGCUCAAAGGUUCAAGCCGAAGUAUAAAUUCUUUCACAAGUCAUUCCAGGAGUACGUGGCUGGACGCAGACUCAGCAGUUUCCUGAUGUCUCCUGAGGCAAAGGAGGUGGCCAGGGGGGACACAUACCUGCAGAGGAUGGUUUCCAUUUCAGACAUUACCUCCCUCUACAGCAACCUGCUGCUCUACACGUGCGGGUCGUCUGCUGCAGCCACCAGGGCUGUUGUGAGGCACCUCGCAGGGGUGUAUCAACACGGCAGCCUGCUAGGGCUUUCCAGGACCAAGAGCCCUCUCUGGAGGCAGGGAUCUAUACAGAGUGUGAACAACACCACGGAUCAAGAGAUUCUAAAAGCCAUCAACAUCAAUUCCUUUGCAGAGUGUGGCAUCCAUUUAUUCCACGAGAGUAUAUCCAAAUCAACCCUGAGCCAAGAAUUUGAAACUUUCUUUCGUGGUAAAAGUUUAUACAUCAACUCCGAGAACAUCCCCGAUUACUUAUUUGACUUCUUUGAACAUUUGCCUAAUUGUGCAAGUGCUCUGAACGUCGUUAAACUGGACUUCUAUGGAGAAGCCUUGGCUUCACAGAACAAGGCUACCACAGGGGAGUUCCCGGAAACCUACAUUCCCAGCAGGGCUGUGUCUUUGUUCUUCAAUUGGAAGCAGGAAUUCCAGACGCUGGAGGUCAUACUCCGGGAUUUCAGCAAGUUGAAUAAGAAAGAUAUCAAAUAUCUGGGCAAGAUCUUCAGCUCUGCCACAAGCCUUAGACUGUACAUUAAGAGAUGUGCUGGUGUGGCUGGAAUCCUCAGUUCAGUCCUCGGCACCUGUAAGAACAUUCACUCCCUCCUGGUGGACACCAGCCCUCUCACCUUAGAAGACGAGCGGCACAUCACGUCUGUGACCCACCUGACAGCUCUGAGCAUCCAUAACCUCCAGACACAGCGGCUCCCAGGUGGUCUGACUGAUGGCUUGGGUAACUUGAAGAAUCUUAUGAAGCUGAUACUGGAUAACAUUAAGAUGAAUGAAGAAGAUGCUAUAGAAUUAGCUAAUGGUCUGACAAACCUGAAGAAACUGUGCCUGUUUCGUUUGGCCCAUUUGUCUGACGUGGGAGAGGGAAUGGAUUACAUAGUCAAGUCUCUGUCAGGUGAACCCUGUGACCUCCAAGAAAUACAAUUAGUCUCCUGCUGCCUGACUGCAAAUUCCGUGAACACUCUAGCUCAGAAUCUUCACAAUUUGGUCAAACUGAGCAUUCUUGAUUUAUCAGAAAAUUACCUUAAAAAGGAUGGAAAUGAAGCUCUACGUGAACUGAUUGGCAGACUCAGCAUCCUGCAACAGCUAACUGUGCUGAUGCUACCCUGGUACUGCAGUGUGCACCUCAGCCUGACCAGCCUGUUGGAGCAACUGAAGGGGGUCCCACAGCUUGUCAAACUUGGGUUGAGAAACUGGAGCCUCACAGAUGCAGAGAUUAGAAUUUUAGGUGCAUUUUUUGAAAAGAAUCCUCUGAAAAACUUCCAGCAGUUGGAUUUGGCAGAAAACUGUGUGAGCAGUGACGGAUGGCUUGCCUUCAUGGGUGUACUUGAGAAUCUUCAGCAAUUAGUAUUUUUUGACUUCAGUGCUAAAGGAAUUUCACCUGAUGCAGCUUUAGUCAGAAAACUUGGCCAUGUGUUAUCCAAGUUAACUUUUUUGCAAGAAGCUAGGCUGAUUGGAUGGCAAUUUGAUGAUGAUGAUAUCAGUGUUAUUAAAGGUGCUUUUAAACUAGUAACUGCUUAAAAGACACCCUAAGCGAAUGAGUACUUGGAGGGCUCUAUC